AUGCUUGCCAUCAAAUCGUUGUCGUUGUCCCUGGGCGCGCUGCUCCUCGCGGCGGUGAGCAGCGCAAUGGAAUGGACUACCGUCGGAUACGAGACCACGGAGGGGAGUCGGUCCAUGCAGGUUCCUUUGAACGACUGCUGGAAGUUCUCGGAAGAGGAGGUCAACACCGUAUUUCUGUCGCGGCCGUGUCGACUAUUCACUGCAAUCGGCUGCACUGGCCGGAGUACCAUGCUCAACCCAGGCCUACACACCUCCUCCGACCCAAUUCCCUUCAUCGACAGUAUCGAGUGUUACUAG